AUGGCGUCGAGGCAACUUCGAGUUCUGUCACUGCCUUCAGGCAUCACAAGAGCUGCCUUCUCCGCAAGCAAACCCAGGUUACAGCACACACCCAAACUUCCAAGCACCACAAGAAUGUCGACCAUCGCAGCCUUCAAGAUCCCCAAGGUGGCCAACGAGCCAAAUCAACACUAUGCCAAGGGCUCACCGCAGAGAGCGGGCUUGACUUCGGCCCUCGAUAGCUUGCAGAAGAAGGGCACACUGGAGGUGCCGCUUGUUGUCGGCGGGAAAGAAAUCAAAACUCCUGAGACGAAGAAGCAAGCCAACCCGGCUGACCACCAGACGACCAUCGCCACAUACUCCCAAGCAUCGCCGCAGCAUGUAAGGGCCGCCAUCGACUCUGCACUGGCCGCAAAGGCCGACUGGGAGUCGUUGCCGUUUGUAGACCGCGCCGCCAUCUUCCUCAAGGCGGCCGACCUGAUCAGCACCAAGUACCGCUACGAUAUCAUGGCCGCAACAAUGCUCGGCCAAGGCAAGAACGCCUGGCAGGCCGAGAUUGAUGCCGCCGCGGAGCUCUGCGACUUCCUCCGUUUCAACGUGCAGUAUGCCGAGGAGUUAUACGCCCAGCAGCCUGCGCACAACUCACCGGGGGUGUGGAACCGGGUCGAGUACAGGCCGCUCGAGGGUUUUGUCUAUGCCGUCAGCCCCUUCAACUUCACGGCCAUCGCCGGCAACCUGCCCGGUCUCCCCGCGUUGUUGGGCAACGUCGUGGUCUGGAAGCCGAGCGAUUCUGCCAUCGCCAGCAACUGGCUCCUGUACAACAUCCUCCUCGAGGCCGGCUUGCCGCGGGACGUUGUCCAGUUCGUGCCAGGCAACCCGGAGGAGGUGACCAAGGAGGUGUUGGCACACAAGAAGUUUGCUGCGCUGCACUACACGGGCAGCACCGCCGUGUUCCGCAAGCUGUAUGGCCAGAUCGGUGCUGGCGUCGCCGAGGGCCGUUACCAGUCGUACCCGCGCAUUGUCGGCGAGACGAGUGGCAAGAACUUCCACCUGAUUCACUCGUCUGCCGACCUAGACAAUGCUGCCAUCCAAACAGUUCGCGGAGCCUUCGAGUACCAGGGCCAGAAGUGCAGCGCCACUUCGCGCGUCUACGUCCCUGCUUCCGUGUGGCCGCAGUUCAAGACGCGCAUGGUUGAGGAAACCCAAAAGCUGGCCGUUGGCAACCCCUGGGACCACAAGAACUUUGUCGGUCCCGUCAUCCACGAGGCGUCCUUUAAGAAGCUCUCGGGCGUCAUUGACGAUGCGAAGAACGACAAGGACCUUGAGUUGCUCACGGGGGGUACUUAUGACAAGUCAAAGGGCUACUUUGUGCACCCGACCAUUUACCAGGCCAAGACGCCGGACCACAAGCUCUUCUCGACGGAACUGUUCGGCCCCAUCUUGACCGCCUACGUCUACGACGAUAGCAAGGACCCCGUUGGCGCCUUUGCGAAGGCAUGCGAGUUGGUUGAUACGGCCAGCGAGUACGGCCUAACCGGGUCCGUGUUUGCGGCGGACCGUGCCGCGGUGCGUUUCGCAGAGGAGAAACUCCGCAACGCGGCAGGCAACUUCUAUAUCAACUGCAAGAGCACCGGCGCCGUAGUGGGCCAGCAGCCAUUCGGCGGGAGCCGAGCGAGUGGGACCAACGAUAAGGCGGGCAGCAUCGCGAUCCUGGGGCGGUUCGUCAGCAUGAGGAGCAUUAAGGAGGAGUUUAACGCCACUACGCAGGUGGAGUACCCCAGUAAUGAGGUUUAA